CUCAUCUCUUUACAUUUAAUUGAAUCCAAUCAGGCUGUUGAGCUCCAGCUGUUGUAGCAGCAGCCUGCAGGGCUGUCGGUGAACCUGCGACUCUUAUCAGAGAGUUUCUGAACAGAACUGUGAGGGAACAAACGCAUGAAACCCAUCCAGCCAUGACUUUGCAGCUUAAAACCAAAGCUCGACUCUUCGACCUGCACUGCUCUGUGGGCCUGACGGAUUGGGACAUGGACAAUGAGCUGAAACUGACAACAACCAGCGACCAGUAUUACCAUGAUGACAAACUGAAUGAUCAGUAUGUGGUCCAGAGGCCUUCUGCAAGAGCUUCAAGAAGAAAAGAUGAAUUCAUUUGGUACGAUAAAACGUCAGACACCUUUGUGAAGCCAAACCUGUGGCUGCUGGUGAAUCCCAAUAUCGCCUGCCCGAUCCAGUACGGAGAAAAUGCAGCACAUCUCCAGACUCUCUGUGAACCUGCUGAUGAAAUCAAAACGCCUCAACUGAACCCUGCAGGGACCCAGCAUCAUCUCAGCACAGAGCGCCACAGGUUUGCCCCCCAGAAUGCUCCUCUCCAGGAGGAACUGCUGCACUCCACUGACUACAUGAUCAAGAAUAAAGAAGUCUCCUGUGCACCAGCCAAGAACAGACGCAAGGGAAGAACCCCGAAGGCCCGGGACAGUAAGACCCUGAAGCCAGGAUGCUGGCCUCGUCCACCUGUCAACUACUGCAUCCUCAUCGCUUUGGCGCUCAAGAGCAGCCAUACUGGGAGCCUCAAAGUCCAGCAGAUUUACAGCUUCACCAGAGAGCACUUCCCCUUCUUUCAGACGGCUCCAGAUGGCUGGAAGAACACCAUCCGACACAACCUUUGCUUCAAUAACAGCUUCCGCAAAACCUGCAACCAGCUGUGCCGAGAUGGCAAGAGGAAGUCGUGUUUUUGGCACCUGACUCUGGACGGCCACCGCCGUCUAAAAGACGAGAUUCGCACAUUGACGGGAGAAUCCUUCAAGCAACUGGGGAGGAGCAUGUCCCGCCCAGGUGAAUGUGACAAAUUACUCUCAGGGAAUGAAUUCAACAUCUCUAACACAGGUGCUAACACUGCGGUCGCUCUUCACUGGCCACACUUACAACAACCUGUAACUUCAGCUCUUACUGAUGUUACUUGAGGGAAUUAAGUGAGUGAUUUAGAUGGUAUUUAUGAUCAAUUCAGGUCAACAAUUCACUACAGAAUACCUUGGGGGUUUGUAAAUAUUGGACAUUGCUGAUUUUGAUUUUCAACAAAGUGCUGCAGCAACACACUUGAAACAAGUAAAAUUGAGCUCAACGUUUAUAAAAAUGAGUCCUGUGGGGCUUAGUAAGUUACAAAGCUUUACAUUUUAAGACUUAAUCAAGUGAGAUGUUGCAUGUGACAGACAGGAAAUAUGUAUU